AAACAGUAGGGAGGGAAGGGCUUAUGAACUUCACUUUGCAGAAGUGAAACACUAAACUAGAAACCUGAAUGUUAAAUAGGAUCGAUUUAUUACACAUUAUAUAAUUUAUCCACACAGCUACAACUUUGGUAGUUUCCAGUCAAUGAACAUUUUCCUGAUCGUAAGUAGAGAACAAACAGUCAACACACACUGAGCUAUGGCUUCCUCCAGCAUUGUCCUGUCUGAAGAGCAGUUCCAUUGUUCUAUCUGUCUGGAUGUGUUCACUGAGCCAGUCUCCAUCCCAUGUGGACACAACUACUGCAAGGCCUGUAUCAGAGGAUACUGGGACAGCACUGACCUGUGCCAGUGUCCAAUGUGUAAAAAGACAUUUGAUAAGAGACCUGAUCUCUUUGUUAAUACUUUCAUUUCUGAAAUGGCUGCUCAGCUCAAGAAGUUGGCUCCAGUUAUGGUCACACCCACCACCCCAGGAAAAACCCAAACCACAACCCUUGCCAAACCUGGAGAAGUACCAUGUGAUGUCUGUACUGGGGGGGAGCACAAUGCCCUGAAGUCCUGUCUGGUGUGUCUGGCCUCUUUCUGUGAGACUCACCUGGAGCCUCAUCAGAGAGUGGCAUCUUUCAAGAAACACAAGCUGAUCGACCCUGUGGAGAACCUGGAAGACAGGGUGUGUAAGAAGCAUGAGAGACCCCUGGAGCUGUUCUGUAGGACUGAUCAGAUGUGUGUGUGUCAGUUCUGCACCGAGACAGACCACAAGACUCACAAGACUGUCCCCAUAGAGGAAGAGUAUAGAGAGAGGAAGACUCAGAUGAGGAAGACAAAGGGUAAAGUUCAGGAGAUGAUCCAGGAGAGACUGCUGAAGGUUAAGGAGAUCAAACAGGCAGUAGAUCUCUGCAAGAGAAAUGCAGAGAGAGAGAUAGCAGACAGCAUGGAGGUCUUCACGGUUUUAGUGCGCUGUAUUGAGAGAAGCCAGGCUGAGCUCAUAGAGGUGGUUGAGGAGAAGCAGAAAGUAUCAGAGAAGCGGGCAGAAAGGUUCAUUGAAGAGCUGGAGCAGGAAAUAACUGAGUUAAAGAGAAGAACCCCUGAGAUAGAGCACAUUUUAGAUAUUAAAGAUCUCCUCCUGCUCCUCCAGACCUCCCCAUCUAGCUGCACUCUUCCACCUACCAAGAACUGGUCUGAGGUCACUGUUCAAAGCGGUCUUGGUGUGGGGACUCUGAGGAGAGCUGUGUCUCAGGUGGAGGAGACAUUAAAUAAAAUUAGGGAGAAGUUGUGUGAUGCUGAGAUGAAGAGGGUCCAGCAAUGGGCAGUGGAUGUGACUCUGGACCCUGAUACAGCACAUCCAGGCCUCAUCUUGGCUGCGGACAGGAAACAAGUGAGAUAUGGAGACAUAACGAAGGUUCUACAUGACAACCAAAAGAGAUUUGUUAAUAAUCCCCGUGUUUUAGGGAGGGAGGGGUUCUCCUCAGGAAGAUUCUACUAUGAGGUGCAGGUGGAGGGGAAGUCUAUGUGGGUUUUAGGAGUGGCUAGAGAGUCCAUCAACAGGAAGGAUUGUGGUGUAUCACCGAGUCCUGUAGAUGGAUACUGGACUGUGGGGCAAUGGAAUAUGAAUGAAUACAAGGCUCACGCUGGGCCUUGGGUCAACCUCUCCCUGAGAGAGAAGCCCCAGCAGGUGGGGGUGUUUGUGGAUUAUGAGGAGGGUGAGGUCUCCUUUUACAAUGUGGAGGCCAGGUCUCAUAUCUACUCUUUCACUGACUGCACCUUCACUGAGAGACUCUACCCAUUCUUCUCUACAGGUACAAAUACCUCUGGUGAUAACUCAGCUCCACUUAUCAUCUUUACAAUGAAGUCUGACUGAGUUUAGUGAAGAUGGAACUCAGUCACAGGGAUUCCCAGCAAUAUGCCUCAUUUAAUGUGUUGACAUUUCUUCUUGCGAUAGAGAAUUUGAGUGUUAGUACUUAUCAGUUGAUCAGAUUUUAUAAUGAAGAAUGGAUCUCUUAUGUCCUAGUACUAUAUUACAAUGUACAUUAAAAAACGAUUUCCUGUGAA